UUCCCCAUCGGGCAGCAGUGGUGCAACCAUGGCUGAGGAGCAGCGGGACCUCAUCUCCUCCGAUGGCAGCAGUGGGGUGCUCCCCAUUGGGAACAGCGAGAGAUCCUCGCUCGGCCGCAGAACUGCGCUGUCAGCACUGUCCAUCCUGGUGGCACUGCUGAUCGCCGGCCAGGCUGUCACCAUCUACUAUGUGUACCAGCAGAGCGGGCAGAUCAGCAAGCUGACCAAGACCUCGCAGACCCUGAAGCUGGAGUCGCUGCAGAGGAAGAUGCCUAUCGGCACCCAGCCGGCAAACAAGAUGUCGAUGUCCACGAUGAACAUGCCUAUGGCCAUGAAGGUGCUGCCUCUUGCUCCCUCUGUUGGUGACAUGCCCAUGGAGGCCAUGAAACCCCGCAGCAACAAGACUGAGGAUCAAAUCAGGCACCUGCUGCUGAAAUCAGACCCCAGGAAGACAUUCCCAGACCUGAAGGAUGACAUGCUGGGCAACCUGAAGCGUCUGAAGAAGACCAUGAGUGCUAUGGACUGGCAGGAUUUUGAGACCUGGAUGCACAAGUGGCUGCUCUUUGAAAUGGCCAAAGGCCCCAAGAUGGAGGAGCAGAAUACAAUCCCAGCGGAGAAAGUGCAAACUAAGUGCCAGGCAGAGGCCAGUUUCGGUGGUGUCCAUCCGGGUCGCUUCCGCCCUGAGUGCGAUGAGAACGGUGACUACCUGCCCAAGCAGUGCUAUGCCAGCACGGGCUACUGCUGGUGCUGCUACAAAAAUGGCACCAGGAUUGAGGGCACUGCCACCCGGGGACAGCUGGACUGCUCGGCGCCUGCGCCGACACAGCCCCCCUCGGCAGAGCCCGAGGAGGUGAUCUUCUCUGGGGUGGACAUGGUGAAAGCCAAGUAGAAGAAGAUGCCUGUGGAUGCCCAUCCAGCCUUCAGCAUCUCGGUCCACCUUUUUUUGCUCCAUUUUUCUGCUCUUACCUUGCUUUCCUGAAGACAAUUAGAGCACUCCUGCCCUGACCUCAGUUACAUCCCUUCCCCUACUGCAGGACAGGACCUGGGGUUGACCAUAGUUGACUGGGGUUGCUCCCUCCCCACACAGCAGUGUGACAGCUUUAUUUACUGACCUAAGAGGGUAGAGCUGGCAUUCCAGCUCUGGCAGCCCCAGUCAUUUUUGCUAAUGGGAUGUGAGCUGCAACACUGGCACAGUGUGAAGGAUACCACCUGGUUCCCAGCCUUCUCCUGUCCCCGAAGACACCUCUCCCAGCACCCGCAGCAGCGAUGCAGAGACCACCCCUGCUGAAGAACGAGCCAUUAAUGCUUUCUUUCACUGAACACACAUUAAAAGCAGCAAAACAAACUCCCCGAGCUUAACUGACCCCUGUGUAGGUUGAAGCCCUGUUAAGAGUAAUAAACCUUCCUUUAUCUUU